UCAAACAUGAUAAAUAUGAUAAUACAAAGUCCACUACAUAUAUACCACAGAAUGAUCCAUUUUUUAUUGAUUACGCGAAAGGCAAUGUGUCUGGGUUCUUAUCUACUGAUGACGUAAUCAUUGCUGGCCUUAAGGUUUCAAACCAGACAUUCGGAGAAGCGCUCGAUUUCGCGACAAGUUUUUGGGACUCUGCACAAUGCGACGGCGUUCUGGGGAUGGGUUAUCCAGCCUUAUCUGUCUUUAAAAAGCCUACUGUUUUCCAAAACAUGAUUGAUAAACACGUGGUGUCCCAACCAAUUUUUAGCUUCUAUCUAAAUCGAAAUGCCACGGACGUGUUCGGCCGUGAACUGAUAUUGGGUGGUACCGAUUCUUCCCAUUACGAGGGCGAGUUUACGUAUGUUAAUGUUCCUCACAAAGCAUACUGGCAAUUUGAAAUGGAUAUGAUUCAAGUAAAAAAUUACACUUCUUGCGCGGAAGGCUGUCAAGCUAUCGUCGACACGGGCGCUUCUGUGAUGGGUGGACCACCGGGGACUAUCAAAGCUAUUUACAGAGAGAUCGGUGUUGUUAAUGAUACGGUGAAGUGCGACGAGAUUUCUAAUUUGCCCGAUAUCAAUUUCGUCAUAGGUGGUAAGACGUUACGACUCACUGGUCAAGAUUAUAUCUUGAAGAUGACAGAAGGCGAAAUAGAUGUUUGCAUUCCCGCCUUCCAUGAGGUUAUUCCGUAUAAUGAAUUAGAGUGGAUUUUGGGCUAUCCAUUUGUUGGUCGGUACUACACCAAGUUUGACAUGGGGAACAACCAAGUGGGAUUCGCCCUUGCAAAACGUUAAAUAUUGAUUGCCUUCUCAUGAAGUUAUAAUUAAAUAUUAGGAAAUUUAAGUAACAUUACUAAACAAAUUAGUCAUAGCUUCUUUAGAAUAUCGACUGACGUAUGAUUUUAAUUUUAUUUGGACUAUUUAUAUGGUAUAUUUUUAAAUUAAUACGUAUGUGAGAAUUAGAAGAAAGAUAUGCGAUAAGUAUUUUACCAACGAUUUGGUACAUCUUGUUUUUUUGGCAACUAUCGAAUUGUUAGAUAUUGUGAAUAGAACUUGUAUAUAAGUCUA